UCAUAACACCCUUAAACCUACGAAUCAGAACAAUUGUAGGCGUGGUUACAAUUGAUAACAGUACCGCAGAGUCCGCGUCUUGAUCCGUCGAUAAUCUCUAGCUCUUCAUUCUCAUAUCGAAUAUUAUCUAAUAAACAUCCACAUUUUUUUGGACUCAAAACCACAAUUAUUUAUAAAGUACCUUUUUUAGUGAAAUGUUUUUUUAGUGAAGUAGUUUUUUUUUAUCAAGCAAAAUAAGUGUAACAAGUGCUGUGAUUUUUUUAUUAAGUAGCAAAAGUAGAUAAAAAUUUAUUUCUUUAUUAGGAUAUGAACUACAACGAACCGUUGUGGGAAAUUAACGGAAAUCAAGCACCAUACGUCGGAAGCGAGAUGGCAUCAUAUCCAAUGUGGGAUAGUUCAGUUCUUUAUCAAACACCACCUCCAUCAUUAUCACACGUCAACGACCACGUCAAUGGUUUUUAUCGCCAACCUUGUGCUCUGCUUCAUCAAAGAGAUAUUGAUAGCCGUUAUAGUCACAAUGGACGGAUGCCAAAUCAACCGACAUCAUCAUCAAAGAAACCUCGCCGAAGGGUUGCUUCAGUUUCGCAAAGAAGAGCUGCUAAUAUACGAGAACGGCGGAGAAUGUUUAAUCUGAAUGAAGCUUUUGAUAAAUUACGCAAAAAGGUACCGACAUUCGCAUACGAAAAAAGACUUUCACGAAUAGAAACUUUACGCCUUGCAAUCACUUAUAUUGCAUUUAUGGAUGAACUACUGGGUAUCGAACCUGGGAGUCCUAAAACUGAUUACAUUCCUCGGGAAUACUAUUUACCGAACUAAGACAAAAUGGCUAUAAAUUUAUGUAUACUAUAUAUAAUGUAUGUAUUAACUUAAGUUUUUAAGUUUAAGGAAUAUUUUUAAUUGUUAUUUCAUUUUAUUUUUUUUAACUAUAAGUAGUCAAUUUUUGUAAGCUACAAUAUAUCUGAAAAGGCAGUAAAUUAAUUAUCAAGCUCGGCUCUUUUUUAGCCUUCCGAGUAAAAAUUUUUAUGCACCAAAAAUCAUUUCAUGUUUUCUACUUGGAUUCUAUAAUCAAGACUGUAUGAACAAUAAGAUAAUUGUUUAGAUACCGUAAAAUUCAUUCAGUACAAAUUACCGCUGUAUUUUUUAAUUGUUUAAAUAAAUAAUUUAUUCACGUUCAUGUCUUCCUAAUGUUAAAAUGAUAAAAUUUGAUGUGUAAUGGAAAAAUAAUUGUGUCAGUAUUAUCAA